GCACGGCACGGCGUGCAUGGGCCGUGGUUUUGCAAACCUGGAACGGCUUCGAAGCUGGAGAAGAAGAAUGGAUAAGCUGCGUUUUAACGUGCACUGCCAGCCACCAACGGGACAGGACAAGGUCAUCACUUUCCGGAUUGUGUUGUCUCGGACAGACACUGUCCAGAAGCUCUUAGAAGACCUCCAGCAGAAGGUGAAUAAUCAUCCGGAAGCCAAAGGCGUCGUCUAUGAACGAGUACGACUUCCUCAGAGUGGAGCUUUGCUUGAUGACCAGGACGUCCUUGGGGUGUCACUGGCAGAUGAUGAAAGGGAUCUGGAUGCAUUGCCCACUGGGCAGGCUGUGGUCGCCACCAAAGACGAAGACUGGGUUUUGAGCAGCUGUCUCCAAGCCUUUCUCCCAAAGAAUGAGGAUCAGAAGGCACACAACUUGCUCCCUUGCCCCGUGGGUACCCAGCUUCAUGUGGGUGGUCGUGACGGCAGAGGCUGGCUCCUUUGCGAGGCCAUCUCCUCGGGCCUCACCGGCUUUGUGCCGGAAUGGGUUUUGGAAAAAGCUGAACCAAAUUCGCAGCCAAGCAGCAUUGUCGUGCACUCACCGAAGAGCGCGCUGGCCGAACAUCGUGCAGAAAGUACGAACAACAGACCAGGCAAGCACAUUGGCAAAGUAUGCCGGAUUGAAGCCAUGACUGGUGCCUAUGUCGACCGAGUGUCCUUUUACAUGCGUGAUGGCGCCAAGCACGUCUAUGGUGGGGAUGGCGGAGUGCAUCCUCAGAUAUGGCACUUGGCCGAAGAUGAGGUGAUCUUGGAAGCUCACCACAUUGAGCAUCCCCAUCGGGAGUUCCUCGCCACUGAGAUUUUCUUGACAUCAUCGAAACAAAAUAUCGUCAUCAAGGGCUGGACUGGGCCUGGGAAGAAGCGCCCUUUGAAAUGGCACUCCUUCGGCAAGCGUGGGCGACAGAUUAAUGAGCUGAUCUUCGAUGAUUCUGUUCUGACUGGCAUUCGCCACAUGAGGCAGGGCAACUUUGUGCGGAAAAGGAAGAGCGCGAGGAAAGCAUCAUCUCCCACGGCCGGUACCACUGCGUUGGUGGUCAAGAACCAAGAGAUGGAAACUCCAUCUGUGAAUUGGAGGUGUGCAAAACCUUUCCCAUCAAGAACCCCAUGUGUGGAUCUAUCCUUGAGACCCUUCAGAACAGAUGUUUCUUUCAAAUGGUCAGACCAUCAAACCCGACCCGAGAAGUCGGUUUUUUGCGUUCUCGGGGGGUCUGCGUUGGGAGGGACUUGUGAGACCUGCAACCUCCAAGUAAGACAGUACAAUGAAGGGAUUUCUCUAGCCUACCAUCGGUUUUGGUCAGGGUUGCGUGACACUCUCCUGCACUAAGCUGCAGCUCAGGUAGCCGAUGUUGGAAUGGAAGGUUGGGACCUGCUAAGAGAGGGCUGUGUGAGGGCAGGUAGUUUGGUAGCUGAAGAGCCGAAGGUUCAGGUCGACAUGUGCUGUGGCUCGAUGUCAGCUGAGCUUUCUUCAUGGCGCUGGGCGAAACCCCUGUCGAUCAUUGUAGAUCAGCAAGCAUGAAGUUGCACAGGUUGGGGUAUCACACGGCAUGAAGAUGAAUGAAGCAUCUCCAUGAUUCUCCAUGUAGUUUGUGCUGUGGCACCCGGUAGUUUCGUGGCCCAUGAUUCGUGGCAGCGAAGCUAACGGGUGAGGCUCGAAUCUCAGGAACACUAGGUGUGGUAUCAGGCGUGAUUCUUCGACAUUCUUCCGCACAAUGCCGGUCUUAUGUAUAUAAUUACAUAUAUAUAUAUAUAUACCUAUACGAUUUGUAUACUGUAGGUGGGGGGCCGCAUGAAUACGUAGGAGAAAGUGUUUGUUUCUGAUCAUGGAUUCCAAGAACGCGUUUCAGGCAGAUGAUUUGGUCUACAGGAGCCCCACACUGGCCACUUCGCUUGAUGCACUGAGAGGCAUUAGCGUGACGACCCCAUCACAACUUUCGAUCUGUCAAAGGGACAGUUUUCAGAAGAAUUACCUGGCAACUCGAUUGUCAAGAGUGUGAGGCCCCGCUCGUGGCCUUCCCAAGUUGAUUUGAAAUCUCACCGAGGCUGUGAAAAAGCCAGUCGCAGCCCCAAAAAAGCGCGCCAAUCCAUGUGGUCCAGUGCUUCCUCAGCCCAAAAACGAGCGAACUUGGGUGCAUGACCUGCGGGAUACCCUACUUAAACAAACACGAUGUUAUAGUAUUGUAUAUAUCUAUAUAUACUAAAUACACGGAGGCAGACGGAGGUUGUAACGUCCUCUUUGUUUGAAGAACGACCUGCUUAGCUUUACGGUCUUUACGGCAUGCUGAGCUUGCCAUCGUAUGCCUCCUGUCGACACUGGUGAGGUCAGAGUGCUCUGAGAUCAAGGUGUUUUGCACUUUGCGUUCUAUCGCUGAAGAUGCC